ACCCAUUCUCCAUUAUUUUAUUUCCCCACCUUGCGGAACUCAUCAUCUCAUCAACACACGGCUUCCAAGCUAACUCUCUUUUUUUAACUUUUCUUUGUUGUUUGUUUUUUACUUUUAACAAUUUAAUCGUUGAAUGUUUCCUCAAGUGGAUGAAAUUCAAUUUAUCAUUUUGUUUUUUUCAGAAUGAUUCUGUGUUUUGCAAUGAACAGAUCUACAUCGGCUUGGCUUACAUAGCCAAGACAACGAAAUCAUUAUCAUGUCAUGUUAAUGUAUCUUGAAUGUUUGAACCACCACUAAUUCACCACACACAUAUAUAAUAAUAUAAACGAAAAAGUAAAAAUAAGUGCAUUAUUGAAAUUUGCCUUUAAGUAAAGCUACAAAUUAAGCACCAAAACCCUGUGAUGCUCAUCAAUCAAUAUGGAUGUUGAGAAACUCUUUCACAUGACAGGAGGCAUUGGAGACCAUAGCUACGCUAAGAAUUCUUCGCUUCAGAAGAAAGCAUCUGAUAUGGUCAAGCACAUAACCAUUGAGGCAAUACAAGAAGUUUAUCUAAAACUAGCACCAAAGAGCUUCGGCAUAGCUGAUUUAGGUUGCUCUUCUGGACCCAACACAUUAUCAAUCAUCAAAGAUAUUGUGGAAGCCAUUGAAGCAGUGAGUUGUAAGAUGAUGAGCCCACCAGCAACAGAAUUCAGAGUUUACCUUAAUGAUCUUCCAACAAAUGAUUUCAAUUCAGUGUUUAGGUCCCUGCCUGAUUUCUAUAAAGAACUUAAGAAACAAAGAAAUGGUGGGUCUCCUUCCCUUUUCAUUGCAGGCUAUCCUGGUUCUUUUUAUGGAAGAAUUUUCCCCAACAAUUGCUUGCACUUUGUUUACUCAUCUUUCAGCUUGCACUGGCUUUCUCAGAUUCCAGCAGGGCUUUAUGAUGAGCAAGGAAGAUCCAUAAAUAAAGGGAAAGUCUACAUUUCUGAAUGCAGUCCUGCAGUUGUGUCCCAAGCUUACUUUAAGCAAUUCCAGGAGGACUUCUCCAUGUUCCUUGGAUCACGAUCCCGAGAAUUAACUGCUGGAGGUUGUAUGGUUUUGAUUUUGCUUGGAAGAAUAGGUCCAGAUCAUGUUGAUCGAGGCAAUUCAUUCUUCUGGGAACUUCUUUCAAGAUCUCUUGCCAUUUUGGUUUCUCAGGGACAAAUAGAGAAGGAAAAGCUUGACUCUUAUGAUGCGAAUUUCUAUGCACCAUCCAAAGAGGAAAUAGAAGGUGAGAUAAGAAGAGAAGGGUCUUUUGAAUUGGUUCGAUUUGAGAUGUUCGAAACUGACAAGGUUACCAGAAACUACGGAGCUGAUGUUGCAAUGACUGUUAGGGCUGUCCAAGAAUCUAUGAUCUCCCACCAUUUUGGACAUCAGAUUUUAGACCCUUUGUUUGAGAUCUAUGCAAGUCUGGUUGAUGAAGAGAUUGUUCAACAAGAUAUUAAUCCCAUUCAAUUUGCUUUGGUUCUUAGAAAAUUAUAAAUACACUAUAAUUUGUCUUUAACUUUUAUAAAUAUUAUAUAUUUCAAUUUUUUUAAAGAUUAUUAUUAAAUUAAUCAUUUUGUUAGGAUUAAAUAUUUACCCAUUAGUAUAUGAAGUUUAAGGGUUUAGAGUA